AUGGAACCCCGGGCAUUCCUGUUCUUCAUGGGUAUCGUCUAUUUCUUGCCGAUCAUAACCGGCAUCGCCACCGGUAUGGUGGCUGAAGCCGAUUUUCCCGGCUGGCUGACGGCGACGAAUAUCAUUGAUGCCAACCCCCAAUUCCUAGCCCUACAAGAGCCGACUUCCUAUAACACAGCCUACAUCAUGGAUUUCAACAAACCGUGGAGUCUGACCACCGGGGUCAUGCUGCUCGUCAAAUUUAAUAUUUACACAACACUGAUGAUUAUCCCAUGCGUGUCUAUGUCGAUUCAAAUAUCCUCAAAAUUAAUCUCAAUUCGGCAGGCUGAGAAUAUACGCCGAUUUCUGACGGGAGUAAUGCUACAGAUAGCCCCAACGAUGCUCUGUUAUGUCCUACCCUUAGCUUGGAUGCUAUCAGCGAUCAUGUUCAACAUCUGGGUCCCCCUGAAUCAGGUUUUCUCAGACGUGGCUUGUCUCGGGAUGGCCUGCCAGAGCACAGCCUGCAUCAGCUCCGCCAUUUUUCUGCACUCCGGCUCGCGAAAUUACGUGAAAACGGCCUGGCAACGGCUAGUUAAAAUGCAUCGUCAAGAGGGGGAGAGGCGGGUGCGUAUCCUGACCAUCACGGAAUUUGGCAGUACGCACCGCAAUCCC